CUCCAGCAGGACCCGUUUUUAACCAUUUAUUCUCCUGCUUUUGUGCAGGGGAUCCAGAACUACAUGCCCCACAAUGCCUUGCUCCUGCGAGGGCCGAUGCUUCCUCAUAGAAUUCCCUUUUCUGAUUGGCUAAGGCUUCCAAACCGCACUCUCCAUUGGCUGCAGGGGCCAAGUGUGAAGGGAGGAAAGAAGAACCAAGAGGAAAAGGCCAUCCCUGUGCAUGGCUUGGCUGUUGUGGGAGAGUCUUCUUUUCCUCUUUGGAUGUUGCAAUUCCGGUGCCAAGUGAGAAUGUUCGGGGCACGCUGCAUGUGCUUGUUUCUUCGACGCUGCUCCUCUGUUCCCUGUGCUAAGCAUGCUGCAAGCACCAAGCUCCUACGUGUCCGGGAGGCGCUAGAAGUCCAGGACCCAACUGGUGGUGAUGUUAGAGUCCAGGGUUGGGUACAUUCUGUCCGUUCCCAGAAGCAAAUAUUGUUUCUGCACGUCAAUGAUGGCUCCUCGUUGGAAAGCCUUCAGGUUGUGGCUGAUCCAGGAUUGGAAUCCAGAGAGCUGACUUUUGGAAGUUCUGUCGAAGUGCAAGGGAAGCUGAUCAAAAGUCCCCACAAAAGGCAGAAUGUGGAGCUGGCAGCAGACAACAUUCGUGUGGUGGGACCUUGUGAUGUUUUGGCAUUCCCUCUGAAGUACAAGACUCGCCAUCCUCCUGAAUAUCUCCGGCAGUUUCCCCAUUUCCGGUGCAGAAGCAAUUCUUUGAGUGCCCUCUUGAGGAUUCGCAGCGAAGCUACCUCAGCAAUCCACUCCUAUUUCAAGGAAAACGGAUACAUCCAUGUUCAUACACCAAUUCUUACCUCAAACGACUGUGAAGGUGCUGGGGAAGUCUUUCAGGUAGAGCCUGCAAAUGAAGUGAGAGAACCUGGAGAAAAUCCACACUUCUUCAAUGUCCCUGCUUUUCUGACAGUCUCUGGUCAGCUCCACUUGGAAGUGAUGGCUGGGGCAUUUACAAAGGUAUUCACUUUUGGCCCCACAUUUCGUGCUGACAAUUCUCAAAGUCGCAGGCACCUGGCAGAGUUUUAUAUGGUGGAAGCAGAGCUAUCUUUUGUUGAAAGCCUUCAGGAUCUCAUGCAGGUUAUGGAGGAUCUUUUCAAGAAAGUGACCAACACAGUGCUGUCCAAAUGUUCUCAUGAUGUGGAACUUUUUCAUAAGCAUGUAGCCCCUGGCCAAGAGGCCAAGCUAGAACAGAUGCUGAAGAACACAUUUAUAAUAAUGUCAUACACGGAGGCUAUAGAGAUUUUAAAGCGAGCUCGUCAAGAGUUUACUUAUAAACCAGAGUGGGGUCAGGAUCUCCAAAGUGAGCAUGAGAGAUACUUGGUCCAGCACUGUGGCAGAAUCCCCGUAUUUGUCUUCAACUAUCCAUAUGACCUGAAGCCAUUCUAUAUGCGAGACAAUGAAGAUGGUGUCCAUCACACGGUGGCAGCAGUUGAUCUUCUGGUGCCAGAAGUUGGGGAGCUUUGUGGCGGCAGCUUGAGAGAAGACCGGGUGGAUUUUCUACAGCCCCGCCUACAGAGGUUGGGACUUGAAGACACCUAUCAAUGGUACCUAGAGCUGUGUCGGUUUGGAUCAACCCCCCAUGGAGGAUUUGGAAUGGGGUUUGAGCGUUACCUCCGAACCAUCUUGGGAGUUGAGAACAUCAAAGAUGUCAUUCCUUUCCCACGAUUUCCCAACUCGUGUGUCUUGUAGCAUUUCUCCUGGGUUCCUGAGUUCUUUGCAAUUCAUAAUUGCCUGAAUGUCAUCAUGGUGCAGCACUCUUGGGAAGAAGAGGGGGACCUUUUCUUCCUCCCACCAAAUACGUUAUGUAAACUUCAUUCUGAAGACUUGAAGUUCUAAAGCUGAAGCAAGUUUGUAUUCGUAGACAGUGCCUUUACAUCUGGAGAGCACUUGGCACCAUAUGGAGAUGGAAAACCAACUAACUCUAACUUAGACAUAACUAGACUGAAUAAAAUAAAUUUGUCUAGGUGUUCAUGGA